UAUAUUUCAUUUCAUUCAUUCUGUUCGACUCCAAGCAAGCGAUAGAAUCGUCGCUUGACGGACGGUAAAUUCCUUCGCAUUUUCACUGGCAAAAUUGUGCAAUUCCGUCAUCUUUCAGUGCCAGACCUCGUACGGGUGGUGUAAAGAUUGAAUCGCGCGUGAAAGUUUUUCCGAAACUCGUGGUGACGGUAUCGGAAAAGUGUGUUCCUAGUUCGAAAAGUAAUUUUCUCGCCAUCGUAAAGUGCGUUCAGGAGUGAGUACGUGUGAGUGUGUGUGUGCCCCGGAGGAAAACGGCGAGAGAGAGGAAGUGACUUGCUGGAAGUUUUUUUUUUCUGGUUCUACAGCUACUCGCGUUUCGGCGAGUGUUUGUAUUCGUGUGGAUGUAACGUUCUGUCAAGAAAACUGGACGAAGAAGGCGAAGCUGCUAAACGUCAGAAGCUGUGAUUGUUGUGUUAAAAUUUUUUGAAAGAUACUUUGUACCUUUUUGCUUGAAUCAAUCCGGAACAGUCGCUCCUAGCAAACAACAUGGAUAAAUUCAUCAGUAUGUGGAAAGUGCGAGAACUUGCCGAUAAAGUGACGAACGUCGUUAUGAACUACACGGAAAUCGAGGGAAAAGUACGCGAGGCAACCAACGACGAACCGUGGGGACCGACCGGCCCACUAAUGCAGGAAUUGGCUCAUGCCACCUUCACCUACGAACACUUCCCAGAGGUGAUGUCAAUGCUGUGGAAACGAAUGCUUCAGGAUAACAAGAGUAAUUGGCGACGAACCUAUAAGAGUCUUCUUCUGCUGAACUACCUAGUACGUAACGGAUCAGAACGGGUGGUGACUUCGUCACGAGAGCACAUCUACGAUUUGCGAUCGUUGGAGAAUUACACUUUCGUGGAUGAAAACGGCAAAGAUCAGGGUAUAAAUGUUAGGCACAAGGUACGUGAGCUGAUCGACUUCAUCCAAGACGACGACAAACUUCGAGAGGAACGCAAAAAGGCAAAGAAAAACAAAGAUAAAUACAUCGGUAUGAGUUCAGAGGCGAUGGGUGGUGGCAUGAGGUAUGGCGGCGGUGGCGGUGGAGAUUACGGUGGCUAUCGGGACAGUUGGGACAGUCGGCGAACGGAGGAUCGGGGAUAUAACGAAGGGAAAGAUCGCUACGAGUAUGACUAUCAAUAUGAUGGAGAGCGAGAAGAUUCGGACACGGAAUCGAACGGGCCAUCUUCCAAUAGGUACUAUGAUAAAGAACGCUCGAAGAGCCCUGCCACGCGACAAUCAUCCACCCUUUCGACGCAAUCGGCUGCCGGUUCGGUUGCGACGGCUUCCACCGGUGAGAAAAAAAUCAACCUCAACAUCAAAACACCAUCAGCGGCUGCCGCCACGGUCAAAGCGAACGCUGCCGCGGCCAAGAGUGCCAAGAAAAUCGAUAUGGGAGCAGCCAGUAACUAUGGCAAGCAGACGGAUCUAGGCAUAAAUUCACCAACGCAUCGAAAUACCCACGCCGAAGAGAUCAUAACAUCGGCCGAUAGCAGUGGGAAGACGCGCAGUGGGGAAAUACUUGAAGACCUGUUCAAAACCUGCCCGGAAUCUCCGGAAGGGCCUGUUAGUGGAACACACUCGACAGAAUUGGACGAUUUUAAUCCCCGGGCUGGUGAUGCGAGUGGUGACUUCGGAGACUUUGAAUCGGCUUUCGGCAGUGCCAAAAAGCCACCAGCUAAGGCCGGAGACGAUUUCGCUGAUUUUGCGUCCUUUGGCUCCGUUCAGCCAGCUGCAGCGCAUGUCCCGUCUAAUGAACUGCUUUUCGGUGGAGGUCCUGCCUCGGGUGGAAUGAAUAUGUUUGCUCCGGUGCAGCAGCCACAGUCAGCUGGUGUUACCAACGAUUUGCUGUCGGAUUUGAGUGGCUUGAACCUUGGAAGUACGAAUGUUCCUGUCGACAGAGGAAAUCAUCUGCUGCUAGCAGGUAGCUAUCGAUCGCUAAUGGAGCUGCUUCAGACGGUGCCACAAAUACGAGCCGAGGAUCAACUGCAGGCAAUUCGCUCCAGUUUGGACCAGCUUAUAGAAUGUCUGCCCGGGCCAAGAACUCCGGAACAAUUGCUAAGAAUUGAUCGAUGUAACGCCGCCGAACAAUGGAUCAAAUUUGCUUCGGAUGAAUACCCUGAUCUACUGAUGGAGUUGGUGUUAAGAUUUGAUGAACAGUUUCCAGGAUAUGGCCCAGCAUUAGAUGGGAGAAUUUGGAGAAUUUUCAGUCUAGAUUACAACCAUGCGUUUGUAGUUGAAACACUACAGAUGUUGAUUUCCAGUGAACAUCUAAGCAAAAAUCGCAAAGUAUUUGUUCCAAUACUAACUAGGUUACUGGGAGACGAUGACUACUUGGCUAGCUGUUUCAUCGAACUCAGCUUGAGCGAAUUGGAUACGAACAACGUCAGAAAGCAUGACCAGCAAACCAGACAGAAUCAGCUAAUCAGUAUUCUAGCUAGCAUACCGAACAAGUUGGCUAACGUUCUACAACGAGAAACACCCGACAUGUUUCUCCCGGAAAAAUUCUCCCAAAUUCUCUUCCAACAAUUCCUGAAAUCCAUCAAUGCUCUGUCCAAGAUUAGUCAACAUCACCAACACUUAACGCUAGACCCAAGUUUUCUAUCGAAAUUCUUAAGCAAAAUCGUCAUAGAUUAUAAUCUUGAAAGGCGUUCACCACAUCUACAGCUUACGUUGCAAAUUUUAUCAGCCUGGGCACGAAACAACCGUUAUCAGCAGCAACCUGUUAUCGCUUCAAUUUUUUCUCAAAUAUCACGUUCUGCAGUAGAAAUCAUUGCCUCGAUUGCCCUUCGCUCAGGUAUUGAUUUGAUCCAUAUUUUACCUGUGUCGGACAACGGUUCGCUUGUCGGCGGAGAUUGGCGUUAUGUUCUAUGUCAGAAAAUUCCACUUUUCAGCUGCUAUUCUGAGGAUGAUCUCGUGGAUAAUUUGAUGUAUCUUUUAGCACGAUUAUCCGACCAUGAGCAUAGUGCUUCGAUGCUUGUCGAUCUAACGCAGGAACUGAUUACUGUUUGGUCUAGCAAGAGUGCCAUCCAGAAGACAUCAUUCGAACAGCAUUUGUAUCUUUCGAAGCUUUUACUGCUAGCGAUUGCCUAUCGUCAUCAGUUCAAAGCACGACGAAUGAACAGCGCAGAGGUGCAAGAAUUGCGACGAUUACUCUUUGGUGGAUUAAAAAGUCAUCUGGAAUCCCCAGCGAAAAAUAUGCGUUGCACUGGAAUGAUCGUUAGCGAAGUAAUUCUUGGUGCAUUGGACGAGGAAACCGUCAAGGAAGAAAAUCGUCUUAAAUUCGAUUUUGAAGGAAUGGGCGAAGAAACGCUCGAGAUGGUGAAUGACUUGAGAAACUUUAGCAAGCGAUGCAAGUUUUUCGAGCACGAAGAUGCCCAGGGCAUUCUUUCUGAGAACGAACGUAUUGAUGAGUUGGUAGAGAAACUGUUCGAAAACCACACCUCCAAUGAUCAAAUUCCACAUACAUCGGAGUCAAUUGAUCAGACACCCGAAUUGGCUCCAAGUGAGGUUUUAGUUAUGAAACUGCCUCAGAACAAAAGCCCACUUAAAGAACGCAGAUCUGACAGCGACGAUUCUGAACUGGAUUCCGAUGACGAUUUAGAGCCGUUCGACAUGAGCAAUGAUAGUAAAAUUGAACGAGAAAAAUUUCGCCCAAAAUAUCUGCUAGACCUGCGUGAAGCUCUUAUAGCUAGCUCGGAUAAGAAUCCUACAGAACAAUUUGAAUAUGCUGUUCAAGUCGCUCCAGAAUUGAUCCAGCAACAGUUAGCUAAUAAUGAUGUGAAACUUGGCCUAGAUUUACUUCAGUUGUUUCUAACCCUCGAAAGCCGUUGCUAUGUAGAGAAUUUCGAGGAUCUGAAGUUUUCCUCUCUGAUUGCCAUUUGUACUACCUUUCCGAAGCAGUGUGCCGAAUAUUUAUGUCAGGAAUUUCACGCCGACUUGAGCAAAUACUCUUUGAACAGACGAAUUCUAAUGUUGGACAUCUUGGCUCAAACCGCGAAAAAUCUCGCCAACUUGAACCAAUCGGGUCAAAGCGCUCCAAUAACACCGAACGAUGACAAUAAACCAAACGACAUCAAAGUGGAUCUCCUUCAGUUAAAAUUCCGCGAGGAGAACGAACUUCAGCAAAAGCGCCAACUUGCCGAGCAAGUCAUACGCAAGCGAAUCGAAGCGAAAACUCGCCGCUUUCAUUCGAAACGUUUACCUUCUAACCCUGCCUCCAGCAGCGUUAAUCGUUUCGCCCCAGUCGCCGGGUGGUUUUUCUUCCCGCUCUUACGGGGAUUUGGAUCCAAUCGAUUUAUAUUCACCGCCAAUCUGAAAUUCCAAUACGAUGCCGACAAUCUACUGCUAACGACAUUCCUACAGACAUUGUCAGUGCUGAUGUUGUGUGCGGAAAAUUGCCCCAUCGUUGGUAAACUGGCCCGAGAGCUGUUGGAUCUCUGCGGAAUGAUGAGGUUUAGCGAGGAACCGAAGGUGCGUCUGUCGGUGCUACACGUACUGGCAGCGGUACUGAUGGCCGUUCCGAAGGCGAUGUUACGACGCGAUUUCCGCGCGGAUCUACUUGAACUGAAACAGUGGUUGGAGGAAUGUGUUCAAGGCAGUGUGGUGCGUAACGAGCGCAAUGAGGACUGCCGCGAAAUGGCGAGGCACGUGCUGGUGAUGUGUUACAAUGUGUUUACCGAUGAUUGAAGCAAACUCCGGUUGAAAUAGUUGAUAGUAAAAGUU